AUGGCCAUCACCACCGCAGUUUCCGACCUCUUCAACUCCUUCUAUGAGUUGCUUUCUUCCGUUUUCGGCGCCGCCUACGCCAUUGUCAACAGCGUCGUUGGCGCUGUUGUUGGCUUCGUCACAGGCAUCUUCAAGUUGGUGGGCGACGUCCUCGGCGGCGCGGUGGACAUUGCUGGCGGCGUGGGCAAGUUUCUGGCCGGAAACAUUGUUCUUAUUUCCGUUGGCGCGCUCCUCGCCUUCGCUUUCGUGCGAUAUACGGCCCAGGGACAACGCGCCGUGACACAGAAGAAAACGAACUAA